AUGGUAUUGAUAGAAGCGCCAUUGAAUGAAAAAUUGGAUGAUGAUCAAGGAUUAGUAUUCGAUAGAGAAAAAAUAAUCGAUAGGAAUGAGGCAUCUGAUGUAUAUUAUAAUGAGGUUGGGGUUGAAAAUGGUGAUAAUGGGGAUAAAGCUGCAGAUGGUAGAGCAGAAAUCGUUAGAAGUGAAAUGGGAAGUGUCAAAAGAACAUGUGAUGUAAAUAUAAAAAAUAAUAAAUACAAUGAAUUCUAUAAUGAAAAGUCUUGCUGUGAUAAAUAUUCUGCCCAUGAUUGUGAAUUGGUAGUGGAGAUCAAAAGGAAUCAAAGUGAUA